AUGUUAUUCAAAAAUUUUGAUUAAAAAAGUAUUCUUGAUCUUCAUAAAGUAAAUAACAUACUUGAAAGAAAUAUAACUAAACGUACAUAAAGAUCCUAAAAAGGUUUAUUUCAUGGAAAACAAUCAAAAUCAGGAAAAAAAUAUUGUUAUUCAGAUAAAAGAAAUACAAGAAGAUUUGGAGUUAAUGUACGUAAAAAAUAUCUAUAAAGCGAUAUUUUGAAAUAAAAAAUACAUUUAAGAUUAAGUACUAAAGCUAUUAGAUGUAUUGACAAAUAUGGAGGACUUGAUAAUUAUAUUCUAUUAACACGUCCUAAAAAAAUGGACUCUUUAUAUGGCGAAUAUUUAAGAAGGUUGAUGAUGUAUAAGCUUUAAGAUUCCAAAUUUAAUCCUUAAUAUAUAGCAAAGAGUAAACCAGUAAGUUUUAAAAUAUAAAGAAGGCAUUUGAAAUUUUAAAAAAAAUUAGAUAUAUGGUAACCAACAGAAAUUAGAUAUACAGAUUUAACAUAAUAUAAAAUGAAGUUACCUGAAUAAAUGUCUAGAAGAGAAUUAGAAGAGUUUAAAUUUUUUGAAGACAUAGCUAAAAAUCCUGAAAAAAUGGAUUUAGAACACCCUCUUAUUAAAAGAGAAAAUGAAAAAUAAAUGAAACAAUUGGAAAUAUUGGAAGUUGAAAAAUAGAAAAUUAAUGAAAAGAUAAAGAAAUAUAAGUCUAAAAAGAUAUUAAAAAAAAUUGACUCAGUAGUCAAAUAGGGAUAAGAAGAAUUUGCAAGUGGAGCUUUGUUAAAAUGA